UUAUCUUCAUUACUUUCUACAAAUAUGUUUCAAGAUUAUUGUGCAGCUCAUGGUCUCCUCACUUCUGCUAAUUCACUUUACUGCAGUGAAGAAUGUCGGGAAUUGGAAGUUAAAGCAGACCAACAAUUAUUCAAUAGUAAUGAAAGCAAAAAAAAUUAUCACUAUGAUUAUAAUUAUGAUUAUAAUAACCCUAGUGAUUUAGAAAAUGAAGAUGAUCUAUAUGAAGAUUUACCUUUUAGUCCAAUGGAGCCAAUGAUUGAUGAUUUGGAUUCGGAUUAUCCACUGAGAUCGGCUUCAUUAUCAUCGGCUUCCUCAAAUGAAUCCUCCUUCCUAUAUGAAUGUUGUCUCUGCAAUUCGACUCAUUCACCAAAUGUUUCUUGCAAUGAAGUUGGUUUUAAUGAUAAUUUUUUCCUUAAUAACUUACCAAUUGAAAACUACAUUCAAAAGAAAAAUUCUGAAAAUCUUCCUCCUAGUUUAUCCUCGGAAGAUUAUCAAAAUUCUUUAAAGAAUAACCAUGAACUUAUCUUAUCAAAUUAUAGAAAAUGGCUUGUCAAUAUCGGGCCAAACUAAUCUCAGCAUGUUUUUUUCAUAUUCUUCCUUCAUUUCUUAGAGCUGGUCUCUACAUAGUCACAGUCAUGUCAAUCCUUGUUUUUUUCAUUUCUACAUUAUUUUUUAAAGGUUUUGACCGGUCCUUUUCCCCUUUGGUGUUUCUACUUAGUG